CGUUGGAAACGCAGCCAUUUAUCGAGAUACGACUAUUUGAAACAGUCAUCGAAAACGGACGAUCCUUCACGUUCAACGAACGAAGCGAUUGAGCAUCGUACGAGCAGGGCAGAGGGUGGACAGGGGGUGGGGGACAGGUGAUACGAACGUCUUGCGCGAACACGAUCCCAAGCAAUUAGAAUUACGUUUCUAUCGGAUCUCUUACGGCAGUAGGUCAACGAAUAAAGGAGGCGCGACAUCGAAUCCGAGGAUAUCUUAAUCCGACGCUUUUUUUAGACGCUCGACCUCGCGUCGGUCCCGACCAGUAUCUCCGUUGUCCAGGAACGGCGGAAUUUCGGAUAUAGCGUGAAUGCGUACGAUUACAGGAAUCUAUGGAACGUAGAAAAGAAGGAAGGAAAGGAACUCGGAAAUGCCGAACGAGACGCGAAUUAAGAGAAAAAAGAGAGAAAAAUAUCGAGCGGAAAUAGGCGAACGGUGACGAGGAAAGGUAAUUGUUGCUUUCUCUGAAAAUGAAGGAGGAUAUCGGUGGAAAUUGUUCGAAGGCCGAGAGAUCGAGUUAAAGUUCCGAGUAAGAAUGAGAGAGAGGGAUGGGGGAAAGAAGAGAAAUAGAAGUCGGAGACGGUAGCGAUAGACGUUGGUAGUAGAAAGGAUAGAAGCGACGCACUGCGUGGGGCAGAAGGCAACCGGCAACGUGUGUACCGUUGUUUUUAGUCGAGAGACGGAAAAAUACGGGAUAAAGGGGUGAAGAGGUGGAAAAUCGGCGGUAGGGGAUCGUGAAAACUGCGUAACGGGGAGGGAGGAAGCUGGAGGAGCCGAAAAGCGAGUUAGGGGAAUAGCGAAAGUAAGGAAGGGGUACGAUAGAGAGAGAGAGAGACGGAUAAACGCGAAGCUGAUGGCAAGGCAAGGGCACCGUGUUGGGUGGCCGAGGUAGGGGAACAGAACGAAGGGUAGAAUCGAGGCGUAGGGAAACAGGCAUCAGGGUGGAAAUGGUCGGAGCUUCCCUGGACGAGAGCGAUAAAAAGAAAGAUGGCGGAUCACGGGACACUUUUCUAUUCCGUAAACAGUAUGCAGAACGCACGGCGUGCCGAUCAACCGAUGCCAAUCUGGUUCGGUAAACGGCGAUGGUGUUUAAGCGAUCGAUGAUUAUUCGCAGGGUACCGAUAUCGAUGGUUCUUGGACGACGUACCAUCCCGUGGUUAAUUUUCUUUCGCGAGUAAUAGCCGUGGACGUGGACAGCGAGUGAGAGGCAACGUAGCUGAUAUUCCCAGAGGAAUAUAUAGGAAAGGAGGAUAGGGGUAAAAGGAGCCGAGAUAGAGGCGCGCGCAAGAGAUCCACCCGAGAUUACAACUGGUAGGAAUACGUGUAUAGAGGGGAGAGAGACGGAGACCGAAAUAGACGGGGGUGGGUCGGUUGGAAAGGGAGGCUAACAGGGGAAAGAAGGAGAAGGAGCGAGUUAAACAGGGAGCGGGUGGUGCAAGGUAGGGCGGUGAAAAGAGGAAAAUCGCGUGCGAACGAAAGCACGAAGGGGAUGGAAAAAGUAUGGGGUAGAAGGAGGGGAUGACCGGUAGCGGAUAGAGAGAGGGGAUAAACGGAAGGAGAAAUUUCGACGUAUGUGUGCGUGUGCGCGUGCGAAUUGGAAAGACAGAGCAGCGAGAGACCGAAGGUGCACCGAAGUUUCCGUCGUCUCUCGAAGAGGGACUCUCGACACGUUCGUUAUACGACCCGCGCGCAGUUGCUGGUGCGCGGCUACGGGGUCGGUGUUUCCGCGUCACGCGCACGACCCCAAAAAGUGUGUAUGUGCGUGCGUAUCUGCGUGCGUGGUUCGAGCGCCGUCCGCGUUGCAGGAUUUCUCAUUUACGCGACGAUAAACGCGGGAUCCUGCCUGUGGAACGUUCGCGUACGAGGGUGAACGGAGGAAAUCGCAGGAGACGAAGGAGAAGAAAGAAGAAGGGAGGGGGAGGAGAGGUAGAGAAACGGAAGGAAGAAAGGAAGGAAAGAAAGAAAGAAAGAAAGAAAGAAGAAAGAAGGUUGGACGAGUCACGAUCGUUAUCGGUCGCGCCACCAUCCUGUCGAUAAAGGUUGCUCGCCCGAAACCGCGAAAAGUGGAUUCGUCGGUUUUGCUGGAACACGGUAUACUUGGCCCCGUUUCGCUUCUUUCCACGCCAGUACCUACGGCCUGCAACGUUUCCUAGUUCUGAGAAACGAAAAGGAAAACGAAAGAAACGCGCGAGAGGAAGAAAGAAGGAGAGGUUCGUCGGUCGCGCUGGUCGUGGCAUUAAAACUCCCUUCGAACCUCCUGUACACGAUGCGUCGAUAAGAGAAGUUGAGCGAAGGAGUCGCGCGCGUAUCGAUAUCCCGUUUGUAAAUCUGUGCCGAAUCGUGUGCCGAAUAAAAGCAGGCGCGUGCGACUCUUCCUUCGCCAGAUUCGACCAAGCGAGUCGACGUGACACGACGCGAUUUUAAAGGUGCGCCACGGUCGAGACGGUGUCACGAGGAGCUUGGCGACAAGCUCGCUGAAAUUUUAGCCGAAACGAGUCGUCGUCUGUGUUUGAGCUACGAUCCGAUGUUCGUACAGCGAGCAAGAGAAGCGUUUCGAAAGCCCGAGUGAACCGAUCGGACGCGCGAUCCGUCCGAUCCGUUUUGUGCCUCGUCCAAGUGUCUCGCGUAUCGAAACGGCUCGAGUGGAAUCGUCGAGUUUGUAAGAAGGUGGUUGCCCGAGGACACGCAGCGAAACGAUCAAACGAUCGAACGAAGCGAACGUUCGCGCAAGGAAGUCGGCGAGGAAUACGCACGGAAAGGAAAGAAGAAAGGAAUCGGUGAAUUCCUUGGAAGAAGGAAAUAUUCCACGAUCUUAUCGUCGUCUAUCGUUUGGAAUUUCCAUCGUCACGGUGUAGAGGGCCGUGCGCGCGCCCCUCCGCGCGCGCGCGCGCGAGCUCUCACGCGCGGAUCCUGGUGCGCGCUACCAUAUUUGUCAAGGGUAGUCCCCUAACCUCACUUUGCCACCGAGGAAGCAACCCUGUCUGUAUUGUAUACGAACGAGAGAAGCGAAGGAAGGAAGAGAAAAAGGACCCGUUUUUCCGGACCCGUGUCGGAAAAAGUUACAAAGGAUAAGAGGAAGGAGAUAAGAACUCGCACGGUGGUGUUGUCGGGUAAGAAACGAGGUAUACGUUGACCGUAUCGGGAGAGCGAGCGACCAAGGAAGAGCAAGACGGCUAGAUAGGGUUGAGGAGAGAGAAAGAGAGAGAGAGAGAGAGAGGGAGAGAAAAGCACAACGAGGUCAAGGAGGAAAGGUUAGGUAAGAGUACUCGCGCGGAAGGUGGAUACUCGGCAGGCUACUGGCGAACCUGCUUGGGGUGUGUCCAUGAAGCCGACGCAAUGGCAACGAACAAAGAAAACGACGUCGGUGCCGUGUAGGCUGUCAACGUGGUGGCCGUUGAAGUUGUCGUUAACGCGGUGGGACGCGUUGCCGUGUAAUCGGCAAGCGUGAUCAUCCGCGAUAACCGAAGGGGGGCAAACAGAAAAGGGAGAAUAGCCGGGCGUUUAGGAUGCAGCAUGAACCUCGGUGCCCCGUAUCGGGAGCUGGUGAGCCUCGGAAGGGGGACUACGGUGUCCAGGUGCUUUCGCCGGUCGAGAGAUCGCAGGUCUCCGUCGUCCUCGAAACGGGCAGUAUCGCCGGCGUCGUCGUCGCCACUGCCGUCGUCACUGCCGUCGCCACUGCCGUCGUCGUCGCCGUCGCCGUCGUCGUCACCGUCGCCGUUGUCGGCGCAACAACAGCAGCAACAACUACUACCACAACAACAACAACAACAACAACGACGACGACGGUUGUCAUCGUGUUUACGAUCGUCACUGUCUCGCUGGUCAAUCUGGUCGAGAGCUGCCGUUACCGGCGUGGUUGCAGUGCCGCAACGGCAUCGGAAGUGGCGGCGGCCAUCUGGCAAAAGAAUCAGAUUGCGAGAAAGAGCGAGCGGGAACGGGAUCGGGAUCGGGAUCGGGAUCGAGAUCGAGAUCAGCAGCAGAUUCGCGAGUGGCAGGUGGAACGGGAACGAGAUCGGGAACAGCGGCGGCGGCGACAGGAACAGCGGCAACAACAGCGACAGCAGCAACAGCAGUUACAGGAGCGUUCGAGCGAAAACGAGAGCGAGAGCGAGAUCGACAGCGAGAUCGAGAGCGAGUACGAAAGCGAAGAAGAGAUCAGCAGCGGGAUUGUACGACACGAGGAGUCGGUGGUGCAGGUGGCGCGGCAGAAAGAAGAGGCGAAAGCGGUGGAUCAUCGGGUGCAGCAGCAGCGGCGGCGGCGGCGGCGGCGGCGGAGGCGGCGGUGGCACGAGAAUCCCGAGUGCGUGGAACGCGUGGUCACGCCAUUGUUGUUACCACUACUGUCAUUGCCGCGCGAGUUGGCGUCCGGUGUUUUCACCACCGUGCAACUUAUCGUCGCGUUGGCACGGUUCGAGUUGGCCGUUCGCUUCGCGGAUCACCGUCGAGAUCAUCGUCGAGAUCGCCGGGAUCGUCGAGAAGGAGGCCGCCUGCUCCAGGGGGACUUCUAAGGGCCCCGCCGCCCCGGGCCGCUCGGACAGCUGUCAUCCGGCUAUCGGCUCCGGGAUAUCUACGAGCGGGGCUGACAUCAUUUACGAGUCGUCUCGAAAAGAAGAUCGUCUCGAUCAUCCGCGGGCAGGAAAGCGACUCGACGAACAACCUACUGUCCCUCUUUACGCGCAAAUUCGAUCCUCCGUGUAUCGGUUAUACGAUAGACACCAGCAACUUAGUUACGACGAAAGAUUCGCCUUGCUUCGAUCGGGAAUCACGGCCUGCUCUUCGAUUCGCUCUUCGAUUCCCCGAGACAGUCGGUGUUGCUUGCCGCUGCAACCGAGAAGAUCCGAGUCUCGACGAUUUACCGACGAGAAUCGCCGCGGCGACGCCAGCACGGAGGCCGUCGAUCGCAUCGUCGACGACCUGCGGAGAAUCGAAGAACGAGGUAGCGCGACUCGCCUCAGCGUUACCGACGACCCGUCGUCGUCCGUCGAGCGAACAACGAGCACAGAAGCGUGGAGGACGGCGACGAGAAACGGCAGAAUCGAGAGGCAUACGCGGCGAGCGAACAAGAGCCCCGAUCUUUGGUGGCAGCGAUGCGGGGCCUUGUGCAGCCAGACGACGGGAACGUACGCGAUCGCAACAGGGAUCAUCAGCGAAACAAACUCGAUAUCACGAUAUAUCGUCGGCGUCGAUAUCAUCGAAACGGAUAUCGUCGAGAACGGAAAGGCAACGUGGACAAACCGAAGGAUAUUGGACCGCGUCACGAGUCAGUGGCGUGGGCCGUCGACGGGGACGAUCGUCGUCGGGGCGGACCGGGGACGUUAA